GUGCAGUUGGCGUCUGCGCACUAAGUGUGGUGACGCAAAGCGUCUGCGGUUGGACGGUUCUGCAGGCUUCGUUCAACCGCCGAGAUACCGGGACAGGCCGCACACUUUAUCAGGAGAUACCAGGAGCGGCCGGACUGCCCUCUGAAAUAGCCAACCAAACUUCUAAGUUGAACUCAAGAAGGCAGUUCACCACCCCCCUUCUCAAAGGCAAUUAGGGAUAGUCAAUAAAUGCUGGCCUUGCCAGCAACGUUCACAUCCUGUGAAUGAAUAAAGAAAAAUAUGGUGGCAACAAAUGUGGAAUGUAAUCUCCCACUGUCAGAUUUUUUCCAAUUGACUACCAAGUUGGUGUGAAGUUUCUGCACUAAUUUCAAUAAAAGAACAUGUUCCCAGAAGUGGCUGAAAGAUGAACAGAUUUGAAGCGGCUGCCAGAAUUAUGUUUCUGCAAUGGGGCUGGUUGACAUUGAUAGUACAUCUAUAUAUACAAAUCAGUGUAUGUUUAAGGACGGUAGAUAGUUUAAUUGAGAGACAUGCCUACAUCAUACCGGAGUCACCAGUAAUAGCAUUUGGCUCGCAACUGGAAGCAUCCUGCAUCCUUAAUGAUUCCUUCGUAAAAAAAAGUAAAGUGGAUGCGAACCAGGUAUUCUGGAAGUUAAAGGAAAACAAAAUACCAGAAAAAUACUACCACACAGUCAAUAAUACAGUGUCUAAUGUAAAGCUGACCAUUUCCAGUGUUGGGAGUGCACUUCUGACCUGCAAUGUACAACUCAAUGAAGAUCAAGUAUCAACUGUCUUCGGAAUACAAAUUAGAACAGGAUUGCCACCAGAGAAGCCAAAAAACUUGUCAUGUAUUACAUAUCAUGAAAGAAAUAUGACUUGCUCCUGGAAUCCGGGAAAUAAUACAUGCUUGCCAACUAGCUACCAGUUUAAAUUGUCAAUUGCACCUGACAAGUUGAAGUCAUAUCAGCUGCCAAAUAACAUGAACGACUCGUACACCAUUUUCUACCCAAAUAUUUCUUAUUUUGUUCGCAAUGAAAUCUGGGUGGAGGUACUUAAUGACUUGGGCCGUGCAAAAUCUGAUCCACUAUAUCUGGAUCCAGUUGAUGUUAUAAAGCCUGAUCCUCCAAAGAUAACUUCAGUGCAACAUGUGAUAGAAAUAAGCACAGUCUUGGCUGUGAAAUGGGAAAACCCAUCUGUACCAUAUACAUAUCAACUCAAAUACAAUCUACGAUAUAGAAUUGUUGAUAGUCAGGAGUGGAUGCAGGUUCCUCCUGAGGAUACAAAAUCCCAUCGGGCGUCUUUCUUGGUUCAAAACUUGAAACCUUUCACUGACUAUGCCUUCGCAAUUCGCUGUAAAAGAAAUGACGAGACAGGAUACUGGAGUGACUGGAGUUUGGAGAAAAUUGGCAAAACUCUUGAAGCCAAUCCAUUGCGAGGUCCACCCAUUUGGAGAACAGUUGAAAACCUAGAAUCUUCAAAGAGAAGGAUACGUAUCAUGUGGAAGGAACUAGCUAAGUCAGAUGCAAAUGGAAUUAUCUUGAAGUACCAAAUAACAAUUACGGAAAAGAGGUCUAUGAAAAUCGAAAGGAUUGAAACUGAAAAGCUAGAAUACAGUAUUACUCUUUCAAAUGAGGAAUAUGAAAUCAGACUUAAUGCCAGCAAUUCAGCUGGUGACUCUCCUAAUGAAAUUUUAAUACUGCCGGCAGCAAGGAAGUCAGCACUGCCACCUGUACAAAAUCUCCGUGCUUACCCUCAAGAUGAUCAGUUGCUGGUGGAGUGGAAGCCCCCUGUUCCUGCAGUGAGCAGCUACGUGAUAGAGUGGUGUGAAGAGUCCAGCAAGGAUUUAUGUCCUGGGCCUUUAUACUGGCAACGUGUGCAAAAAACUGAAAGCAAGGCUUUUUUAAAAGAUAAUGUUAUGCCAUUCAAGCGCUAUAGGAUAACUACUUACCCUCUGUACAGCGGUCGCCCAGGAGCUCCGUUGUCAAAACUGGCAUAUCUACAGCAAGAUCGUCCAGAAAAUGGCCCAAUAGUUCAUCUGAAACAUGUGGGAAAAAAUGAAGUUGAAUUGAUGUGGAAUGAAAUUCCUGUAAAGGAACAGCGUGGUUUCAUCACAAAUUACACCAUAUUUUACAAGAGUGGAAAUGCAAAUGAAACAAGUAUUGUUGUUGAUGCAAAGUAUCAAGAGCUCGAGCUGAAUUCAUUAACAGGCAAUACUUUGUAUGUAGUACGUGUCAUGGCAUCAACAGUGAAAGGAGGCACAAACAGUUCUGAAGUUAAUUUCACCACUUUAAACUUUGCGAAAGGUGAAAUUGAGGCAAUUGUUGUGCCUAUUUGCCUGAGUUUCCUUUUGAUCACUGUGGCGACUAUACUACUGUGCUUCAACAAAAGACAUCUGAUUAAGAAAUAUGUUUGGCCUAAUGUUCCAGAUCCUGCAAAUAGCAGGGUUGUUGAAUGGUCACCUAGCACUGCAAAUCUCAUUCAGAACAACCUAGGCGCAAAGGAACCCAUGCAUCCAGAUGGCUUUAUUUCUGAUGUUACUAUAAUUGAAGCUGAUGUAGAUGAUGAGAAAUAUCUGUCUAAUGAGGAUGAAAUCAAGCAAUUGACAUCCUUAAAGAAGGAGAAGAGUACAUCAGAAGAGCACAGCAGUGGUAUUGGAGGUUCUUCAUGCAUGUCAUCACCUCGACAAAGUGUUUCAGAUAGUGAUAGUGAGCCUGCACAGAAUACUACAAGCACAGUUCAGUAUUCAACUGUAUUAGUAAAUGACACUGGUUACAGGUGUCAGCAACCAUCAGCACAGGUUUUUACAAGAUCAGAAUCAACCCAGCCACUAUUAGAAAAUGAAGAAAAGGCUGAUGAGCAUGCAUAUGGCAAUUUUGGAAGCUGCAGUACAGGAGUAAAAAGACAGUAUUUUAAACAGAAUGCUAGUAUUGAGGAGACCUGUUUGAGUGAGCCACAUCCAAAUGGAGCAGAAAUCCUGGGUGAUAAGAAUGAAGAUGACUCGCUCAGACUAAAUCAGAUGGAAGUUUCAGAUCAGAGCUCAGACUUGGAGGGAUGCUGUCCAGCAGUGGAGGAGUUCCCAAGCAGUAAUGAUCAAACUGUUGUCAAACUGGAGUUUUUGGGAUUUAGUGCAGGUCUGGAAACUGAUCAGCAAAGUUACAUGCCUCAGGCUGUGAAACAUAACAGUUAUAUGCCUCAAUCAAAGUAAAAGAAGUCUACCCUUUUCCUUGUGCUUGAGAUGAAGCAGCUCUUAUUUCAUAGGCUACAUGUCAAAGUUGUGAACUGCUGUUUAGUGUUUGCAGCUAUCCUAAGUAGCCUAAAUAAGCACCUGUAAUUUGAGCAUCUGUGGUAACAUCUUGACUUACUGAGAACAUUAUAUCCAAAUACUGCUGUGAAUGUUUUGUUUGAAAAAUCAUGGGCACCAAUUUUUGAGGGUGAAUCAUUUUUUUUUUUUUGGAUCAUUUUGAAAAUCUAGCCUGGUGGAAAAAGUAAACUUGGCCAUAGACACGCGCUAAGUCAUUCCUGUACUUACAAGACAGCCAUAUACCAGAGUGUUGAGCAGCUAACUGGCUAUAUGUUGCUGUGGGGCAAGGGAGGGAGGAUAAGUAAUAAUCUAAUGUAAGUUUUAAAAAAAAUGCAUACUAUUUUGGAUUUGUUUUGAUGAAGUUCUUUCAGGAUUAGAACAGUUAAGUGUUGGACUUUUUCUAAAUUCCCUUGUCUGUUAUUUUUUAUUAGCACACUCUAAAUAUUGAAAUGCAACGUAUUUUACAUCAACAUUUUUAAUUUUAUUGAAAAAAUUACUAUAUAACUAAGUCACUUUUUUUCAUUGAAAGCACUGCAGUGUUCAGUGGGUUCAAAUACUUUAAUUCUGCUUUAUCCAUUUUAUAUAAAUAAUUUACUAUACAGUUUUGAAACUGGUAGCAAGCUCAUUUGACUUAGAAGGCACAAAAUAAGCCUAAGCAUUCAAAAGUAUUGUCUGGCCAUCUUCUGUCAUAACAGACUUUCAGUAAUUGUGUUUAAAAGUCCCAGCCUUGCUUAUCCAAUCCCCUUAACUGUACUUAGUAAGAACAUUGUUAUAAUCUUUGAAUGAUUAUUUUGAAAAAUAAAUCUGUGAAAAUAACUAGCGUCAACCUAGAUUUUAACACCUUUAAGAGUUAGAGGUGGCAAAAGCACUACAACUUUUUUUUGGGCAAUAUAUUAACCAGGUAAAGAGUAGGGGGAAAAUAUCAGAUUUACACUACUGCAGCUAUAUAUCUUAAACAAAAACUAUUUUUCUAAUAUGUACAGUAUUAAAGUAUCUUUCACAUGUUAUUUGGGAUGGGGGCAAGAAUGCAAAGUAUAUCCUGCAUAAACCACACAAAUACCUAAAAUGUGAAGUAUAACACUGGAGCAGUGAACUUUGUGUUCAGUGGAAUGCAGUAGUCUGAGUUCUCCUAAACCAGGAUGUGGCAGCAUUUUGAGAUCUCUUGCAACUAUAUUUGCAGAAUUUGUAACAGCAAAGUCAUUACCUGUAUAUACAGUAUUGGGUCUAGUGGAAGGUUUAGUAGUGAAGUUUGAAUGUAGAUUUUUCACGCACAGUUUUUAAAGGAUGUGUGCCACUUAAAUAUUCAACAUAAUCAGUGUUGUAACACUAUACUCAUGUUCUGAGCAAUUCUUCUCCAUUCCUUUUCUGUGUAAACUAUAUCCACUCGCAUUAUCUACUGAACUAACACUCAAAGGCAUCUGCUUCAAGCCAAAAAUUUUCGGUCAUGAGCUCUGUUAAUAUUUUAUUAUGUGCGUGUGUGUGUUCUGCCGAUAACUUCACAACUUGAGAAAUUGAUACAAUGUUACAAAAUUUAAAAAUAAUUGCACUUAGCACUUAAUGCUCCAUAGUGCAGUGUUCAAGACAUAUUUAAAAGUUAAUCCAGCUCCUUGUGCUUCACCAGCCUAAUGGCUCAAACUCUUUCCACUAUUGAAGGAUUUAUUGCAUAAUGCUAUUUUCUUCUGUUUCUAAUAGUGUAAGAUCAACUUUGAGCAGGUAGUCUCCAAUCCAAAAGUUUUAGUGCCCUAAUAACAUUUUGUAUCCAAGGCAACAUUGUGGACAAAUUUUAUCAAGCCUAAUUCUGGUUACAAUAUUUAAAAUUUUUUUUUAGAUUUGCCAUUAUCUUUUAUUUGACUAUAUGCCACUAUUUUAAUCUUGCUGGUAUAUUAUGCCAAAAUUACUGGGCUAAUUCUGUGCAACUAGUGGUGAAAGUGUAAGUCCUUUGGGUUGUCAUUACACUUGUAUAUUCUUAAGCCGCAUUCUUUUCAUAAAGACAUAAACUUGUAGGAUUUGAGUUUUGCUAAUUUUGCCUGAAUCCAAAAUAAAGCUGCUUUUCAAGUUUU